UAUUCAAACCGCCAGUCAGCUCGAGCUCGAGAUUCAAACAGCGAACAGUCAGUCAGUCAGAAGCAGGUUUGUAGGAACUGUAACUCGGGAGCUACUUUCAGUCAGAAAGCGAAUAAUCACUAACACUACAGAAAUGGGAGAAUCUGGAGGACAAACCCGCUCAGGCUAUGAGCGCUUGACCGCUGAAGAAAUGGAUGAGCAGCGCAUUCAGAAUGUGGCGUACCAGUACCUGUGCCGCCUGGAAGAAGCAAAGAGGUGGAUGGAAGCGUGCCUGAACGAGGAGCUCCCUCCCCCCACCGAGUUAGAGGAGGCGCUGAGGAACGGGGUUCUCCUGGCUAAGCUGGGCCACUGCUUUGCUCCGAAAACGGUUCCUCUGAGAAAGAUUUACGACCCUGACCAGGAACGCUACAAGGCGGUUGGCUUGCAGUUCCGUCACACUGAUAACAUCAACCACUGGAGAAAUGCGCUGGAGGAGAUCGGCCUGCCAGCGAUUUUCUAUCCUGAGACUACAGACAUCUAUGAUAAGAAGAACAUGCCUCGAACCGUCUACUGUAUCCACGCUCUCAGCCUGUACCUCUUUCGUCGGGGUCUGGCCCCUCAGAUUCAUGACCUGUGCGGCAAAGUGAAGUUCACAGAGGAGGAGAUCAACAACAUGAAACUGGAACUGGAUAAAUAUGGGAUACAGAUGCCGGCUUUUAGCAAGAUCGGUGGAAUCCUGGCCAAUGAGCUGUCAGUGGACGAGGCUGCUGUGCAUGCAGCUGUAAUAGCCAUCAACGAGGCAGUGGAGCGGGGCUACGUGGAGGACACGGCCAGGGCCCUGCGCAAUCCCAACGCCAUGCUCGUUAACCCGCAGGAGCCGCUGAUGGCCAUCUACCAGGAGAUGCUGCGCCAGGCCCGUGCCCACAAAGCAGCCAGAGCGUCCGUCAAGGUGAGCGGCACGGCGGAGAAGGACAUUUACGAGGAGUAUCUGACACAGAGUGAGAUCCAGGACAACGUCACUAAAGUUAACGUGCGAGCGGCCGUAGAGCGCGCGGACGAAGCUUUGGAGUGCGGCGACGCCCCGGCUCUGCUCUCGGCCCUGCAGGAGCCGAGUCUGUGCCUCCGAGGGCUGCUCGGGGAUAAUGCCGACUGGUACCUGGAACAACUCGCAUCAGACAGAGAACAGAAAGCCCUGGAUCUGGGUUGCGUCGACCCUCUGGAGAGAGACGAGAUGCAGGAAGGCGUCGCCGUGGCCAACGACGAGGCUCAACGCUCCAGAACAAUGCUGCAGGCCGUGUCCGAGAUCAACGAGGCUCUGCGGCGGGGCGAGGCGCGACAGACCGCCCGCGCCCUGAUGGACCCGGGCUCCCACCUGCCCGACGUUUACCCGUUCGCCGCCGAGCUCUACCAGAACGAGCUCGCGUGUCUGCAGAAGCAGUGCCCUCAGGGAGAGCUGCAGCAGGAGGAGCUGUUCGUGGCGGUAGAAAUGCUCUCGGCGGUGGCUCUGAUAAACCAGGCGCUGGAGGCCGAAGACGUCGGGUCGUUCUGCGCCGCGCUGGUCAGCCCCGCUGCUGGCCUCGCAGAUAUUGAUGACGGCUUGAUUCAAAGGUACUUCGAGGAGCUCUCUGACCUGAAGAGGAAAGCCGGCCGAGCUCUCCUGACAUGGAACGAUCUGCAGAGUGGCGUGAACGGCGUCAACCUGGCCGCUCAAGAGGAGCACGACCAGAUUCUAACUAUAGGGCUGAUCAACCAGGCACUCGGUCGCACUGACCCUCAGAAAACCCUGGCUGCGCUGAUGCUGCCCUCUAGUGGUGUGAAGGAUGUAGUGCCACAGAAUGCCAAACGCUACCACGAUGUGCUGACCCGGAUCAAGAAGCACAAAGCAGAGCGGAAUCGGGACCCCGGAGCAGAGCUGUGGAUAGCCGACAUUCAGGAUGGCGUGAGACUGGCCAAUCAGGACACUCAGAAAGCUCUAAAAAUGUCUCUCGGUCUGGCUGCUGUCAAUCAGGCAGUGAAGGAAGGUAAAGCCUCUCAGACCGCGCGAGUGCUGCGUUUACCCGAGGUGGCGCUGCGGAGCGUGGUGGCGGACUGCGCGGCGGCGUACCAAACCGAGCUGUCCGCUCUGCAGCGAGCCAAAGUCUUGGGAGGCGACAACAGAAGCCCGUGGAUUAAGACUAAGACUCCAGACGGCAGCUCUUACUACUUUCACGUGCAGAAGCUGGAGGGCACCUGGGACAGACCUCAGGGGUUCGUCCAGAACAGCCUGUUCCUCAACCACGAGGACAUCCAGGCGGUGUGCAGCGGCGUGACCGCGGCGCACAGCAGGGAGGUCCAGUGGCGGGCCAGCGAGCCGUUCGUGGCGGCGCUGCAGGCUCGCGCGCGCGGGUUUCUCAUCCGGCAGAGGCUUUCCGAGCGCCUGCACUUCCUUCACUCUCAGCUACCUGCUGUCGUAACCAUCCAGUCUCACUGGCGGCGGUUUCUCCAGCAGACGGCUUAUAAAAGGAGACUGGAGCAUCUUCACCGGAACUGGCGAGCCGUAGUCAAGAUCCAGGCUAUGGUUAAGAUGUGGCUGGCUCGCAGCAGGUACCUGGCCCGCCUGCGCUACUUCAGACGACACGUUGGCGCUAUUAUAAAGAUCCAGGCUUUCUUCCGAGCCAAUAAAGCCCGUGAAGAGUACAAGAUGCUGGUGCACUCCAGUACCCCCCCGCUGUCUGUAGUGCGGAAGUUCGCCCACCUUCUGGAGCUGGGCGACGACGACAUCCGCCAGGAGGGCGAGCUGCUGCGCCUGCGAGAGGAGGUGGUGCGCACCAUCCGCUCCAACAGGCAGCUGGAGUCCGACCUGGACCUCAUGGACCUGAAGAUCGGCCUGCUGGUCCGCAACCGCGUCACGCUCCAGGAGGUCGUGUCACACCACAAGAAGCUCACCAAGAAGAACAAGGAGGAGCUGUCGGACAUGAUGGCCCUGGAUAAACACAAAGGUCUCAAGUCUCUGAGUAAAGAGAAGCGAGAGAAGCUGGAGGCUUAUCAGCAUCUUUUCUAUCUGCUGCAGACCCAGCCCUCCUACCUGGCCCAGCUCCUGUUCCUAAUGCCACAAAACAAGAGCACACGCUUCAUGGAGACGGUCAUCUUCACCCUCUUCAACUACGGCUCUGACUGUAGAGAGGCCUACCUACUGCUGCAGCUCUUCACCGCAGCCCUGCGCCACGAGAUCAAACUGAAGGUGGACCAGCCUCAGGAGGUCGUGACGGGGAACCCCACGGUCAUAAAAAUGCUGGUGAGCUUCUACCGGCACGCUCGUGGUCAGAACGCGCUCAGGGAGAUCCUGGAGCCGGCGGUGCGCGAGGUCCUGCAGGACCGCACGCUCAGCAUUCGCACCGACCCUGUGGAGAUCUACAAGAGCUGGAUCAACCAGACCGAGAGCCAGACCGGCCACAAGAGCUCCCUGCCGUAUGAGGUGAGUGCGGAGCAGGCGCUCGGUCACCCAGAGGUGCAGCGACGCUUGAACAUCGCCAUCACCAACCUGAAGAAUCUGACCGACCGCGUCCUUCACUGCAUCACCGGCAACCUGCACAAACUGCCGUACGGUUUUCGCUACACCGCUAAGGUUCUGCGAGACUCUCUGCACGAGAAGUUUCCCCAGGCCGGCGAGGACGAGCUGUACAAGAUCGUAGGUAACCUGGUGUACUACCGCUACAUGAACCCCGCCGUGGUGGCUCCUGAUGGAUUCGACGUGGUGGAAUUCGGGGUGGGUUCGGCCCUGCUCCCCGACCAGCGGAGAACCCUGGGAUCGAUCGCCCGGAUCCUCCAGCACAGCGCGGCGCACAAACACUUCCACGGAGACUCGGUUCACCUGCGAGCUCUGAACGACUACAUUACACUCAUGCACAGCAAGUUCAGGAAGUUUUUGAAAGCGGUGUGUGACGUUCCCGAGCCAGGCGAGCGCUUCAACAUCGACGAGUACUCCGAGAUGGUCAUUCUCAACAAACCGGUCAUCUACAUCUCCAUCGGCGAGCUCAUCAACACCCACAAGCUGCUGCUGGAGCACCAGGAUGCUCUGUGUCCUGAUCCGAAUGACUCUCUGCUCUUUCUGCUGAGGGACCUCGGCAAGGUGCCCACCGUCCAGUCGCUUGUCGGAGAGGGCGUCAUCAACUCGGCCGACCCCAACCUCGAGCAGGUUUUGGCUCCCUAUAACAAAAUGGAGGUGUCCCUCACCCUCACCAGCAAGUUUGACGUCUUCAAGAGCUCGGAGGACAAACCUGACGUCAGAGGUAUUCUACUCAGCACCAAGCAGCUGAUCAUCGAUGUGAUCCGAGCUCAGCCCGGAGACACCCUGAGCGACGUUCUCAGAUCCUCGGUCUCUCGGGAUCAGGAAGCGCAGCACGGCUGGAUGAUGCACCGCAGGGCGCAGAGAGACGCCCGCACUCCGGAGAAGAUGAAGAGGAACAAGUCUCUGAUCGCCGACAGCAACCUGACGCUGGAGGAGAAGAAGAGGAAGAUCCAGCGCAGCCUGAGGAGACUGGAGGCUCUGGGAGUGCUCACCCCACCCGACUCGGAGACGCAGAUCCUCCAGCUUAUCGCCAAGGACAUCCGUCACCAGCGCCUGUACCGGCAGAGACGGCAGGCCGAGCUGGUGAAGCUGAGAGACACCCUGCACAGCCUGCACUGCAAGAGCUCCUUCCACUCGGAGCAGAUCGACUACUACAGUCAGUACAUCUCCACCUGCCUGCACAACCUCACCGCCAGCCAGAUGAACAGAAAGAAGACGGGAGACGCUAAAGGGAAAAAGAGCAAGCAGAGCGCGCUGACCUACACCGCCGCCCGACUCCACGAGAAGGGCGUCCUGCUGGAGAUAGAAGACCUGCCCAUCACACAGUUUAAAAACGUCAUCUUCGACAUCGUACCCAGCGAAGAGGACGGCACGUUCCUGGUUAAGGCUCGAUUUUUGGGAGUGGACAUGGAACGAUUCCCGUUGAAAUAUCAGGACUUGCUGCAGCUCCAGUACGAGGGCGUCGCCGUGAUGAAGAUGUUCGAUAAGGCCAAAGUCAACGUCAAUCUUCUCAUCUUCCUCCUCAACAAGAAAUUCUUCAAAAAGUGAAGCGGGCCGGUCGGCAGGUCGUCCUACAUUAUAACAAAAUACACUAAACACUCCGCGUCAGGUUUAUAGCUCAGUUUUUUAUAUAAGCACUAUAAAAACAUUUAAAUAACUAUAUGAUUUAUAUUUUGUUUAUCAUAAUUUCCAUGCCAAUUUUAAGGGUUUAUUGUAAGAACACAGCGGACCUACAUUUAAUCGCUUGUGUCCGCUCGUCUAUAUUCCAGAGGGAUCUAAUUAUGAGACGUAUACGUUCUGCCGAGCUGCUUAACGUAUACGUUCUAAAAUGCCGUGAUUCGCUUUCCUUACUACAUUAUUAUAUGCUGACAUAUUACUGUACGACACUAUGUUUACUCAUCAGCACAAUGCUUUAUUAAGUGGACAAUCUGCUAUAGUUUAAUCUCACUAAUCCUCUUUGUGUCUUACGUACGUAAUACAUCCAUAUUUUAAUAGCACUAUAGAUUCGCUUGGUUGUUACUGCAUUAUUAAUGGGUCGCACUUAAAUCGAGCUCUCCAGCACUAUUGGUUUUUCCUACUACUUAGCAUGGCUGGAUUAAACCGCACACUCGCAUACAGCAGUCCAGUCAGCGAUUAGCUGCGUACCGCCCCCGUCUUCCUGUCUGCUUGGAAGUUGGUGUACGACGGACAGCUCGGGUACCCGGUCAGCACCAGGAACUCGACUGCUAACCAGCAGGGUUUGAGUUCUAAGACUAGUCGUACCGCUGGACGUCUGAGUCUCAGUGUUUGUUCCUCCUGUAUAUAUUUUCUUUCCUCUUUUCCUUUCGUCUGAUGUAAACGUGUUGCUAAUUGUAUGAUAUCCAACUUGACGUUACUGUAAAAUGUCUCGAAGCUUUUAUCAGUCUUUAUGACUAAACUAUUUCAUAAUAAAGCAGCUUUUCUCUUA